AUGGUCGUAUCAGUAGCGGCUCCUCUCAUUGCUCCGCGCAGAUGGCUUGGGAAGGGCAUUAUUGACUCGAAUACUGUAAUUGACCUUACUUGCCCGACAAGUCCCAACGCUGAUAUCUUCUAUACGACCGACGGAUCAAAACCGACCGAACGAGUCAGCAGAACGAUCAACACGCGCACCUACCGAUACGAUGGCACCGGCAUCUUGUUACGACAAGGAAAGAGAGCAGUUAAAGCGAUCGCAGUUUUGUCAUCAGGACGAUCAUCUAAUGUUAUCACGAAGGAGUUUGUGGUCCAGUGGGCACCGUCAGAGUCUGACGAGGAAGAUAAUGAAAAUAACGAGAUGCACGAAAUCAUCGAAGCGUCGAGAGAAUCAAGAUUACAAACAAGCCGGACGAUGAUGGAUACAACUAGGACUGUUGGAAACGACGUUCUCUUCCGUCGAGUCGCAACGGGUGAGCGACUGCCAACGACAAAUCAAGCUCCUGGACUCACCCUAGCCAACACAAGAGUGAUGAAUGAAACUAAGAUGCAUGCAUCUACCGGGCCAAUUCAAGCUAAUUUCAACUCUUCUUACGGUCCAAGCCAGUAUGAUCUGCCACCACCACCAAAGCUGAAUGGCAAUUUGAUCCGUUGCUCUGGUUGUGGAAGAGUCAACAACCCCGACUCGCGUUACUGCGAUUGGUGUGGAGCUCUUCCUGGCGCUCAGGAAACAUGGGAAACCGUUCCCUUCCCCAUUCGUCCCAAGCCAAUGCAACCUACUCCAAGGGCAGUUCCUACUCUCGUCACUAGAAACGGCUCAACGCAAACCGUCGGCCUCUUCUACCCUGGAGGCCAUCGCAUUCAAAAGGAAUCCGACGAAAUCUUCCAAAAAAUGGAGCGUCAAACAACCGCCCUGGCUAAUUCAAAAGCAAUUUCAGCAAUUUCCCCAGGCAACGGAAAAUGGAACCAGCAAAUCGACCACAUCAAUCAGCAUUUGAAGACGUAUGCGCAACAGAACAAAGCGUUUAGGGAAGCGAUUUCAGAACCCAGACUUGAAAAGAUCAUCGGCGCUGAAAUUCACGAUGAAGAAGAUGUGAUUCAAGUCAGGAUGACCUUCCCAAUCGCACGUGAUGCGAAAGGAAAAUAUGUUCCGAGAAAAGAAGUGCCGAAGAAAGUCGCUUUUGGAUCAACAACUUUUGAGGAACCAAGAAAGUCCCAAAAGACGAAGAAAGAAGAAAUCCCUGCCGAAGAACGGAUUCUUCUCAACGAGCUGAAAAAGAAGCGCUGCAACCUCGAACGCGUAGAAGAAUGCCUCGCUGCCGGUGCCGAUCCGAACAUCAAGGACGAGCAUGGAACGCCCGCGCUAAGCAUCGCCGUCAGCAACUAUCACUUUGAAGCGGCCAAGCAAAUUAUCGAAACUAAGAGUUUUUCCAUAACUUACCGCUCGACUGAAGACCAGAACACCUUCCUCCACUUAGCAGUCAUGGCCGGUGAAUCCCCCGAAAGUAUCUAUCUCGUCGACCUUCUCUUGCAAAAGGGAGCUACAGAACGAAAGAACAAGGCCGGGGAACUUCCAAGCGAUAUUGCGAGAAAAUAUCGCUACACAAAAUUUCUCGAGCUUCUUGAACCCGAACUCGUCUCCUCAAAAGCGUCCAAGUCAGCUUCAAAAGCAGCUACUCCUUCCACAAAAUCAACUCCAAGAGGAGCUACAAGUAACUCGAAAUCACCAACUCCCAAUUCCCGACCGCCAUCUAGUCAUUCUCAAACAAAGCCGGCAUCCGAGAAAUCUUCCACUUCUUCUCGAUCAUCCGUGAGCGAGAAGUCAAACAAGCCUAAAUCCGCUCGCUCUGGCUCAGUUAGCUCUACUCGCUCACGACCAAUGAGCAAUCGCUCUUCAGUCCUUGAUGGCUUCUGA